AUGGCGCAGCAGCUGGCUUCGCCCCGGUCGCCUGCCUUCACUGCCGAGCGGCCCAGCGACAACGCCCUACACGGCAAGCCCUGGCACUUUGGGGAUCCCCACAGUCGCUACCGCUUCAUCAGGUGGGUGCUGGGCCGGGUUGCCGCCGCAGCCGCCGCCUGUGUGCCCGUGCCCACUUGCCAAGCACAGCAUACUACAGCCCGGUUUCUGGCAUGGAAGCACCGCGUAUUCAGCCGGCAUGCAGCAUCCAGGCUGCACAGCGCCACCCUCUCCACUGGGCAGAGUUGUGUCGAGCGGGCGCUCCGCGUAGCUCCGUUUCCGCCGCAGUGCCCCUCGGUCUCCUGCCCACCUGCUGGCCCCUCGCCUGCCUGCUGCAGGGUCCUGGGCACCGGCCACUACGGCGUCACCUACCUUUGCAGCAGCCUGAAGACGGGGCAGCUGGUGGCCAUCAAGGCGCUGGACAAGCUGCACCCAGAGUAUGAGCGGGACACAGCCAUCGAGGAGAUCCUGAUACUGGCGGCGGUGUCAGACCACCCCAAUGUUGUGGACAUGUAUGAGGUGUGGGAGGACGCCUCCUACCUGUUCAUUGUCAUGGAGGCGUGCAUGGGGGGUGAGCUGUUUGACAUGGUGAUUGAGCGCAAGCACUUCACCGAGGCAGACGCCGCCUCCAUCACGGCGGCCAUGCUGAGCGUCAUGCAGCACUGCCACAGCAAGGGCAUCAUCCACAGAGAUCUCAAGCCCGAAAACUUCCUGCUGCUGCGGGAGGGCGAGCUGAGCGCGGCCAACCUGCGGGCCAUCGACUUUGGGCUGUCCAAGUUUGUGGAGGGAGACGGCAUCUGCCGCAGCUGCGUGGGCAGCAGCUACUACGUGGCCCCAGAGGUGCUCAAGGGCGCGUACAGCUACGAGGCGGACGCCUGGUCUGUGGGCACCAUAACCUACAUCCUCCUGUCGGGCUUCCCGCCCUUCUGGGGCUCCUCGGACCAGGUCAUCUUCCACCGCAUCCUCACCAAGCCCGUAGACUUUGACUACCAGCCCUGGAACCAGGUGUCGGCGGCGGCCAAGCACUUUGUGGGCAGGCUGCUGGACAAGGACGCCGCCAGCCGCAUGACGGUGGCGCAGGGGCUGCUGCACCCCUGGAUCACCCAGGAGGCCGCAGACGUGCCGCUCAGCACGGAGAUCAUCAGCCGCCUGCAGGGCUUCACCCACCAGAACCGCGUCAAGUGCCUGCUGAUGACGGUGGCGGCGCACCACCUGAGCGACGAGGAGAUUGGCGGGCUGAGGAAGCUGUUCCAGCAGCUGGACGAGGAGGCCACGGGCACCAUCAGCCUGGUGCAGCUGCAGGAGGCGAUGCGGCACAUGGGCAAGGAGGUGGGGGAGGCGGAGCUUCGGGCGCUGCUGGAGGCGCUGGACAUCCGCCACCAUGGCGUGAUUGAGUACGACGAGUUCCUGGCAGCCUGCCUGGAGGAGCAGCACCUGACCGAGACCAAGCUGCGGGCGGCGUUCGAGUUUUUCGACCACGGCCGCAACGGGGCGAUCACAGAGACGGAUGUGGUUCAGGUGGGCGGGUGGGGCUGGGAGAGUGUGGUGCGGCUCGGUGGAGGCGGCGAUGUGUGUGUCCCCUAG